AUGACUGCCGCACGCAACGCCGCACGUACUCUCCGCGUCUCGCGCGUGGCCCCUCCCGCGCCGCGUGCAAUUCACGCAUCUGCUCGCCGCCUUGCCGUUGAGGAUUCGCCCCUUUCGCACAACACCGCGCCGAAGCGUUCGCCGUGGCCUGUCAUCAUCGGUCUCACGGCCGUCACGGGCGGUGCAUACGCCUAUUACGUGUCUCUCGAAGAUGACCGUCUCGCGAAGGAGAAGCGCGAGCUCGAGAGCAAGACCGCGCAUGUUGGACCCAUGGCCGAAGACGUCAAGCUUCGUGUUCAGGAGGCCGCUUCUGAUGCCCGCGCACGCUCUGCGGCUGGUGCACGCGAUGUCCGUGACAGUGCACAAGCGAAGCUUGAUGCUGCGAGGGACAGCGCCAACCGCACAUACGAGGACGCCAAGUCGAAGGUCAAUGGCGCUGUCUCUUCUGCAUCUUCCUCUUCCCAAUCUGUGGCCGACGACGCCAAGGCGGCAACCAAGCAGAAUGCUGAGGCUGCAAAGUCCAGCUGGUUUAGCUGGCUCGGCUGGGGCAAGUCUAAGGCGGCUGAUGUCGCCGACCAGGCCUCCAAGGUCGCAGAUGAUCUCAAGCGCAAGGCCAACGAGACGGAGGAGCAGUUUGUUCGCCGCUGGGAAGACGCGAAGUCCUUGGCGAAGGCCAAGGGUGAGGAGAUCGCGCAGAAGGCGGGUGAGACGGAAGAGGAGUACCGUAUUCGGAUCGCCCGCGCUCUCGCGCGCAAGGACAAGCCUUGA